CAAAAUGUAUUUUGUAAGUUUCCCCCCCCCCCUAUUGAAGUCUUGCGCAUGCCUGCUGCUACAGUAUUGGGGGAAAAAAAGCGAAUGAAGGUCUCCGCGCUCGCAGUGCGCAUGGCCAGUGUUUCGGUGUGAUUGAUGUCGGGUUGGUGAGUGUUGGAGCUCUCGGGUCGGAUCAGCUGCACUUCAUCGUUGCUGGGAGAGCAGCGGGCUGAAAUUUCAGUGCAAUAUUGCUGGGAUUGAAGUACGCGUUAAAUAUAAGCACCCAACAAAGAGACAGAGAAUGUCGGUAAAUAAAGCCAAGAAAGUUAAAAUGGCUACCAAAUCGUGUCCUGAAUGCGAUCAACAGAUUCCUGUAGCAUGCAAGUCAUGUCCCUGUGGCUAUGUGUUCAUUAGCCGAAAACUUCUGAACGCCAAACAAUCUGAGAAAUCGCCACCAGCAAUAGAUAAAUCAGAUGCGAAGAGGAGAAGAACAGAGAGGAUACGCAGAGAGAAGAUAAACUCGGCUACAAACAAAGACAUGGAAAACAGAAAGCGCUCUCGUUCCAACAGCCAAUCGGAGCACAUCCGCAGAGGAAGGGGCAGGCCAAAAACAACAACCCAUAAAAAACACGAGGAUGAAAAAGAAAAACAAGAAAAAGAGAUUGAUAUUUAUGCCAAUCUUUCAGAUGAAAAAGCCUUUGUUUUUUCGGUGGCUUUGGCUGAAAUCAACAGAAAAAUUAUUGGUCAGAGACUGAUUUUGUAAUACCAGUUUGUAACGGAUUGACCACGAAAUGAAGCUACUCAGGACUUGAGCUGCAGAAAAUUGUGAAUGACCACAGAGGACCUAGUUGGGUGAAUUUUGACCCAGAAGUUCUGUCGUUUUAUGAAGGACUUGCUCAGCUUGCACACUAGGAAUGUGGGUACUGGGUAUGCAUUUGUAUGCAUAAAUUACUGCUAUUUUGAAUAGUUUCCUAACAAUGUAUUAGGAAAUACAUUUUUUUACUUUUAAAUCAGAUUUUUAAAAAUA